AUGGAUGAGCUCAAGGAGCUGAAGAAGCAAGAAAAGCAGUUGCAUGGAUCCAUCAAGGCUUUGGCGCGUUUCGUCGAAAGAUUCCAGAGGGAUAGGCAGGAAAACCAAAUCGAUGUUCGGCUGGAGACUCUGGAGAACGCUAUGCGUAAAUUCUACACCGUUCGCCGAAAAAUAGAACUGGUCAUCGAGGAGGAGGAUGAAAAACCUGAAGUGAAAGGUUCCGUCGAGGACCGAGCGCUGCGAAUGGAGGCGCUAGCAGUGAAACGUGAAGACGAGUUCGAUGAAGCUAUACGUGUUGUUGAGGAGCAAUAUUACGAAAUAAAGUCAGCUUUGAUUGCAUUGCGUCCGAAGAAAGUCGAUCCUAUUAUGCAGCCAAAUGCAGUUGAUAAUGCAAUUACUGAUCAGCCAGUUUCCCGAGUAAAACUCCCAGACAUCAAGCUUCCGUCAUUCAAUGGAAAAAUCAAGGAUUGGACAAGCUUUCGCGAUACUUUUCGCAGUCUGAUCCACAACAAUCGACAAUUGACAGACAUUGACAAGUUCACAUAUUUGCGAUCAUCGGUUUCAGGCGAAGCAUUCCAGGAGAUAAACUCGGUUGACCUGUCGGCCGAUAACUAUGAGGUGGCCUGGAAGGUGUUGGAGAAAAGGUACGAGAACAAGAAACUGAUCGUCAAGGCCCAUCUGGAUGCGCUUUUUGCUAUUGAACCAAUGAGGAAAGAAAACUGCGAGUCACUAAAUCACCUGAUCAGUGAAUUUGACAAGAAUCUGCUUAUGUUACAGAAAAUUGGAGAGCAAACAGAUAAUUGGUCGACUAUUCUCGCACAUAUGGUGUACACUCGUUUGGAUUCGAUGACUCUUCGACAGUGGGAGUCACACCAUAACUCCAAGGAAGUUCCCAAGUAUGAGAGUUUGAUGGAGUUCCUGAGAGACCAAUGCUCGGUUCUUCAGUCGAUUGCUCCUAAUAAAUCCAACGACGGUGAAGGAAGACGACCAAGGUUAUCCGUCACGCAUACUUCGUUGCAGUAUCAACGUCGGUGCUUAUUUUGUGGUGAAUCGUUCCAUUUACCUUUCAAGUGCAACAAACUACAAGGAAUGUCCAUAGCUCAACGUGUUGAAGAGGUCAACAAAAAGCGUCUGUGUAGAAACUGCUUGACGGUGGGUCAUUUCGCUGAAGGCUGUACUAGAGGCUGUUGUAAUCGCUGUGGUAAACGACAUCAUACUAUGCUUCAUUUCGAGAGUUCAGCACAUGUUGUUCGCCAGUCUAAGCCCUCCUAUCCACAGUCUAAUCCUCCCUCCGUCCCACAGCCGCCUGUUCGGACACAAGUAAAAACCAACAACAACAAAACCACAGCCGCUCGAAAUCGCAAAACCAGACACAAACAUCACUCACUCAGCCAGACGCACAAGCACAACCAACAACUUCAUACCCCGUGA